AAAAACACAAUCACUGGCCGAACUUUCAUAUUGGUGGCGGUAGUGAGAACGUGUGCGGUGACAGCUGGGUUUUAGAAGCUGUAAUAAAAUUCUGUAAAAAAAUAGAAGUAACGCGCCGACUGUACCGGCUGUCAAGUGCAACACAGAAAGCGAGCUUAAUCGAUCUCGUCCGAAGUUAGCCGAGUUGAUUCGCUAAGGCAAAAAAACAGCAAAAACUCGAACAAAAACAAGCCGAAAACAGGAACAACAAAGCCUGAGAUUAAAAAGACGGUCGAAUACAAAACAUUAUCCAAAAUGUCUACAGGAACAGUGUGUUGUGUAUGUAAACGUCGGAAAAAAAGAAAAAGGGACGUUCUUGAAGAAGAUAAAGAAUAUAUUGCGUUUCACCGAUUUCCAAAGUGCAAGAUAAGAAGAAAGCAGUGGCUAGAAACAUUAAAUUUAACGGAGAAAAAUUUCAGAACAGAUCCGUAUGAUGCGGAAAUAAGAAUUUGCUCGAGACACUUUUCACCGGAUUCCAUUAAUUUUACCUAUCCUAUUCCUAGACUAAGAGAUGAUGCAGUUCCAAACGUAAUUGAUUCAUCAAACAAAAAGGAGAAGGAGUCACUCAUGAAAGCUUCAGUGAAUGAGGCUUCAGGAACAAAAUUGGAAUCGCUCCCAGAGAAAAUUAAAGAACAAGUACAUGCAAAUUCAUGAGUUACAGCACUUGCAUGCGUUUACACCACUUGAGAGAUGUGCGCACUCUAAAUGAAAGCCAGUGGAUAAAAUCAUCUUGCGACGGUCCCUUUGGCAUCUCCACUGGCCAGCGCAUUUAUCAACUAUUACUCAAAAGGACUUUGACCGAAAGCCGCAAAUUGACAGUGUCGCUGUAUGGCAGCGUUUACUGCCUCCUAGUCGUUGUGCACCUGAAUAAUUUACUGGAGAACUGUCGACCUUCUGAAGAAGUGAUUUUCAGAAGGUUUAUAUUUUUAUUUUUCAAUAUAAAAAAACAUUUCUAACGCA